CUCUAUUUUUUUUUUCUCCUCACUGCCUUUGACCCCGGAAGCUUAUUCUGCCGACUAAGAAGUAGUACUGUAUAUGAUCAAAUUUGAAUAACCAAAACCUCAAAAAUUUGAAAAAGGCAUUCAUUUAAUGCAACUUUCUUGUUCUAUUACGUCAAUCAUUCAAUUUUUUUUCUCCUAUUCUUUUUAUGAAUACAUUUAUGCAAAGCACAUCAUAUCAUGGCAUUUAAUGUGUAGCCGGCUUUGGAGUUGCUGGUGUACUUACACUCUACACAGAACUCGUACUGUGGCUACUCCAUUUGAUAGGUCUAUUUUCUUCUGUUUACUAUUCACUCUUCCUAGAAAGACUCAUUCUUUCUUGUUUAAAGUCAACAUUUUUUUUUAUCAUUGUGUGAAUGUGUGAAUGUGUAUGAGAGAGGGAGGAAUGGGGAGAAUACCAUGUUGUGAUAAGAAUGGUCUGAAGAAAGGACCAUGGACACCUGAAGAAGAUGAAAAGCUCAUUCAAUUUAUCAAGAAAAAUGGUCAUGGUAGCUGGCGUUCUCUUCCAAAACUUGCAGGUCUUCUUCGCUGUGGGAAAAGUUGUCGUCUUAGAUGGACAAAUUAUCUGAGGCCAGACAUCAAACGAGGUCCUUUUAGCCUCGAUGAACAGAAACUUGUCAUUCAGUUACAUGGCUUUCUUGGAAACAGAUGGGCUGCAAUUGCUUCACAACUACCUGGAAGGACAGACAAUGAGAUAAAGAAUCUGUGGAAUACUCACCUGAAAAAGCACCUGCUUUCAAUGGGCAUUGAUCCUGACACUCAUGAACCAUCCUCUGCCUCUAAUGGACUGCUGAGAAGACCGCCUACAUCAACUUCAACUCGUCACAUGGCACAAUGGGAAAGUGCUAGACUCGAAGCUGAGGCUCGUCUUUCCAGAGAGUCCCAACUCUUGGUUCCAUCGUCUGUAGAAAGGUCUGAUACUGACCAUUUUCUGCGCAUGUGGAACUCAGAGAUAGGAGAGACAUUUAGGAAAUUUAAGAACCGAGAAAAGACUGAUUCUCAAAGUCGAGCUUCUCAAGCAUCUUCGUGUACAAAAUACGGAUCAGCUUCAGGCAUUACGACUGAGGUUGAGCUCGGUGGUGUUGCUGGUUCCCCAGUUACAGGGAGUAACCAAAAUGAAUAUACAGAGUGGAAGAAUGGCCAACCACAUACUGAAGAUAUCUUGCAAGGUUCAGAGACCUCUAGCUGCAACGCGUUGGAGGAUUCAUCUGAAUCAGCUUUGCAACUUCUUUUGGAUUUCCCUAGUAACAAUGACUUGAGCUUUCUAGGACACAGUGAUUCAUGUAGCAUGUAUCCUUUUUUGGAGUGAAAGCUCAUUGAUCUGCCUAAAGCAGAACAUGCAGUCUGCUUCCUCCGAUAUCAGUGGCUCAGAAACAUGGAUUCUGAAGAAUUUUCUGCUGGUUGUUUUAGUAUCUCCAGCUGUGGAAAAACCACAUAUUCUAACUCUACGGAGUAUAUAUUACUGUCAUAGCAAUAGGACAAUCUUAGCCCCAACUGGGGAAAAGGCAUGUAUCUUACCUCUAUAUAUUAGUGUAAUAGCAAUAGUGCUAUAAUGCAUGAUAUUUUUUGCUGAAAUGUCCAGAAUCAGUUAUGUUUUUGUUUUCA